GUUUGUGCUGCAUGAAUUGAUCAGAAGGUGUUCUGCCUAAUUUCAGAUCUGCUUCAGUGUCUUGCAUCGCCAACUAGCUCUGAGCACCACCCCUGCUGUACGAUGUCUCAUCAGUGUAAAAGAUUCGAAGGCAAAGUGGUUAUCAUUACUGCAGCCACAGCAGGCAUUGGCCUAGGCAUUGCGCACAGGCUCGGCCAAGAAGGAGCCCGCUUAUGCAUUUGCUCAAGACGACAGAAUAACGUGGACACUGCAUUGGAGGAGCUGACGGCAGCAGGCAUAGAAGCCGUGGGCUGCACAGCGAAUGUGGGCGCCAAGGCUGAUCUGAAAAAGCUGGUGGACAUGGCUGUCAGUACCUUUGGCAAAGUGGAUGUGCUCGUUUCCAACGCAGCCGUCAAUCCGGCAGCGGGCCUGAUUCUCGACAUGCCUGACAGCGCGAUCGAGAAGAUCCUGGAUGUCAAUGUCAAGUCUGCCAUCCUGCUCGCCAAAGAAGCCAGGCCCCACCUGCACAAGGGCAGCAACGUAAUUUUUAUCUCUUCAUACACGGCGUAUCAUCCUGAGGCGCCCAUCGCGAUGUAUGCAAUUAGCAAGACUGCUCUGGUGGCGCUCACGAAGGCUCUGGCAGAGGAGCUCGGCCCUGAGGGCAUCCGAGUCAACUGCGUCGCCCCAGGGACCGUGCCCACAAAAUUUGCAGCUGCCCUGGUGGAGACUCCUGAGAUGGAGGCGGCCAACAAGGCGCGCACAUUCCUGGGCCGCCUGGGAACUCCUGAGGACAUGGCAGCGGCUGUGGCCUAUCUGGCGUCAGACGAUGCCUCGUAUGUCACUGGGGAGACUGUUGUGGUUGCAGGGGGCAUGCACAGCCGCUUGUAAUUCAAGUGACCAUCGCCUGUGCCUGUAUGUGUUCUGGUGUGCUACCAAGUCUGGAACUUUGAUGUUGAACUGCAAUUACUUGGGAAACUCUGGAAUUAUGCGUCUGGCCAUAUAUGAAAGCUUGUCUGUCGGCUGUUGUGGUUGCCUGAACAUUCCACUUGUGCUGGUGACUGUUAUACAGGUUUAGCAAGUGGUGGUGAAAUUUAUGCAUCUCUAUAGAUGCCAGCUAGCUAAGGAUCCUGAGACAACUUGUUGAACAAUUUUGAUUUCUUCAGGAGGCCUGCAUGCACGUUUCUGCUAGACCAUUGUCUAGGCUAGGUGCGCUAGCGCUGCGAAAGUUCCAAGCACGACAGCUGCAAUGGCUAUGAGGGUUGC